AUGGCAGUAGAGCUCGAGUAUGCUGUCAAGGCUGGUCUCAGUAACCUCGCGGCGAUCAAGGCGGCCACGGCCAACGGUCCCCUCACCAUAGGCGCACAAGCGCCCAAGACUGGGCAACUCAAGGUUGGCUACGAGGCGGAUGUGCUUGGUCUCACAUCCAAUCCGGUUGAAGACGUCCGCGUUCUGCAAGACAAGGACAAUAUCAAAUGGGUCUGGAAAGGAGGCAAGAUAUUCAAAGGCCCGGGUGUAGGUCCCUGGGGGGAAGACAAGUGGUGGGGAGACGACUGGAGCUAA